GCGCAGCGCUGGUGGUGGGGGCGGCUCGGUCUGCCCCAGACGGUUGCGCAGCAGCUGGAGCAGACCUGCGUGGCUGCGAGCGGGGAGGUUCCUUCCGAGACGUGGGGUGGCGGUGAGGAACAGGCGCUGUGUGCGCUCUGUGAGGGGGUGCCCGGCUGGGGGGAAGGCGCGGCCCAGGAGGGGAAGCCGAAGCACAGGCGCUGUUUCGGGGGAGGAGCGAUGUCCUCGGCUCCGUGGAAAGGCCCGCUCUUGUUGCCGCGCUUCCCGUUCGUAAAGCGAGCGUGCCGUCUGUUAUGAUGAAGGUAAUUAAACAUUCUGAAGAGGUGCUAAAGGCAGCCCUGAUCUCCAAGGAUCCACAACUUGUGAAGCUUUAUGAGAAGUUUGAACCCAAGGAGAAGCUUUUGCUGGCUGAAGCAUUUCGGCCAGACAGUGUUCUCUUUAAGCCCAUCACACUACAUUCUGAGUCAGAUUGGAUUUCUUCACACCCCGAACCCACCCAGGAUUUUGCCCAGUUUUAUCGUGACCCUUGCAGAAACACACCAGCUCCCCAGAAGAGCCGGAUUUACAUUCAACCCAUUGGUUCCUUUGGAGAUUCCAGAGUCAGCACAGAUGUCUACAUGAAAUGGCUGAAGGAUUACUGUGAAGCCUUUUACUAUGGCCUGACUGUCAGAAUCCUGGGUCCAGUGCCAGUUUCACACACGGGUUGUGCUUUCCGGGUUAAUGAAUAUACACACAAUUUGCAGAUUCAUGCAGGCAAUCUUUUGAAUUACCUAAAGAAAAAAAAGCCAAAGGAUGCUUUUUGCAUUGUGGGAAUAACCAUGAUAGAUCUUUACCCUAAAGAAUCCUGGAAUUUUGUGUUUGGGCAAGCCUCCUUGACAGAAGGCAUGGGGAUCUUCAGCUUUGCCAGGUAUGACAGUGACUUUUACAGUGCAAACUACAAAGGCAAACUGAAGACCACAAAAAAGCUUCCUCCAGCUGACUAUUCUGUUUUUGAUGGUUAUUACACCCCUGAGAUCACAAGUAUCCUGCUGCUGAGAUCCUGCAAAACCUUGACUCAUGAGAUUGGGCAUAUCUUUGGGCUCCACCACUGCCAGUGGUUUCAGUGUGUCAUGCAGGGGUCCAAUCAUUUGGAAGAAGCAGAUCAACGCCCAUUGGACCUUUGCCCCAUUUGUCUGCGCAAGCUGCAGUCUGCCCUUGGUUUCAGCAUUAUGGACAGAUACAAGAUUAUGACACCUGACAAGAAAGUUACGGAAGCAGAAUGCAUGCAUGCAAAGAGCUGCCACACUAAGGGACAAAACAGACAAGACUCAGGAGAACUAUGAUUGGAUUUCUAGAUGUGAUGUUUAAAACAGUGGUGCUCCAGUCCUUCCUGAAUUGGACUGCAGCAGCAACACUAGGUAGCAGCCCUUUCUCCCUGUGCCAUUUUCCCAAUCUAAAUUGCUUUCCCUCAAAGCUGUGAUUAGCCCCACAGUGGAAAACAUAUAGGUGCCUAUGAUUCUCUUUUCCAGUUCCCCUCCCAGC